AUGCUUAUCAACUCUUUUCUGAUUCCAGAUGAAUAUCUUAAUAAAAUUGGAACAGGUUUAUAUCUCAGUACAUCCAAAUUAGAUCAUUGUUGUGCUCCAAACUGUGUUUACACAUACAAUGGCACUGAACAGAUCAUUCGAGCAUUGACUUAUAUUGAGCAGCCAAGUCCUGAUAAGAUGUUUGUGACUUAUAUUGACAAUGCAAUGCCAAGCUGGGAACGCAGAUUACAGCUUAAUGAAAACUACUAUUUUUAUUGCCAGUGUUCAUGGUGUGUGGAUGAAGCCAAACAUAUUGAUCGUCUAAUGACAAGUGUAAAAUGUCCAAAUUCUUGGUGUUUUGGCUUUUCUGGAAUUACCAAAGAUGACACUGGACAAACACAGCUUUUAUCCUGUUCCGGUUGUGGUAAAACAGAUUUUCCAGUUGAAUAUGCCCGAGAGAUUGUCAGACUAGUUAGAGAAAUGGCCAAAGGAGCCUGCAUAGAACUGAAACUUUGGCAAAAGGCUGUUGAAUAUGGUGAACUGGCAUGGACUCAGAAAAUCAAAUGUGUUCCCCAUCCAAGCCCUUCUUUGGGACUUCAACUUUUCGAACAAGGAAAAUUGCUAACCAACACUGGAAACAUUGAUAAAGCAUGGGAGAUUUUCCUUAAGGCUGCAAAUAUUCUACAAAUCACUCAUGGAACAGAAAACAAUAUGUAUUUAGAACUUGAAGAUUUAAUUGAGCAAUGUGAAAUUGUUCUUGACCUGCCAGUUUGA